AUGCGACCUCGAACGCUUUCUGGAUGCCUUGUGACCCUCAGCCGCGCGUGGAGGAGAACGGUGUCCAAUACCGCGCGGAGUGCGACUCAGCCUGCAGCCUUAGAGCACCUGGUAAUUGGGGAGAAGACCAGGGUGGUCUAUCAGGGCUUCACCGGAACUACUGCGACCAACAACGCCAAAGAAGCCAUAGCCCACGGCACACGCAUCGUCGGCGGCAUAUCGAAGAAUAAGGGCGGCACUACGCACCUUGGCCUUCCUGUCUUUGACAACAUCUCGCAGGCCGCGAAGCAGCUCAAGCCAGAUGCCUCGUUGGUGUAUGUCCCUGCAAUAGCUGCGGCCAAUGCCAUCGAACAGGCCAUUGAAGCAGAGGUGCCCCUGGUUGUGUCGCUGGCAGAGCAUGUCCCAGCGCACGACAUGCUCCGCGUGCAUCAGAUGCUGCGCACGCAGACCGCGUCGCGUCUCCUGGGACCCAACUGCCCCGGGAUCAUAGCACCAUCCAAAUGUCGAAUCGGGAUCAUCCCAGCAGCACAGUGUACGCCUGGCCGAGUGGGUAUCGUCUCGCGCAGCGGCACCAUGAUCUAUGAAGCCGUCGGUGCCACGGGCCGAGUGGGCCUUGGUCAGAGUCUGGCUAUUGGGCUCGGUGGUGAUAUGAUGCCUGGCACGACCAUGGAGGAGGCAUUGCAAGUGCUGAUUGAACACGAUCAGACUGAUGCCAUCAUUCUCAUUGGUGAGAUCGGGGGCAACUCGGAGUUCAGAACUGCCGAUGCCAUCCGAGAGUACUAUCUAGACGCCUCGACCACCACCAAAAAGCCCAUCAUCGCGAUCAUCUCCGGCCGCACUGCACCGGAGGGAAGGGUCAUGGGCCACGCAGGGGCUCUGCUAUCCCCCGGUGAGCAGGGUGCAAUGGCUAAGGCCCGCGCUCUCGAGGAUGCAGGGGCAACGGUUCUGCCGCAUCUGGGAAUGCUCGAUGGUGUACUACGGAACGUAUUGUGCUAG